AUGUCGACGACUACGACGACUCUCCGGAUGGCCUACGGUCUCAACCGUGUCUCGCGAGCUGGCCUCCAGCUGAGACUAACCCCCGCUCGACGAUGGAUGAGCGUCCGACCGCCCUCCCCCGACGCACAAACGACGACGACGAAGACACCGACAACCCCAGCAUCGCGUAAAAAAGUGACGAUCCAAACGCUCCACUCGCUCCGGCAAUCCAAGACGCCGAUAACAAUGGUGACGGCCUACGACUACCCCACCGCCCUCGCCUGCUCCUCCUCGCCUCUCACCGACAUCACCCUCGUCGGCGACUCCCUCGCCCAGGUAUGCCUCGGCUACUCGUCCACGACCCAGCUCUCCCUCGACGAGAUGAUCCACCACGCACGCGCCGUGUCGCGCGGGAACAAGCACCCCCUACUCGUCGCGGACAUGCCGUUCGGGUCGUACCAGGUUUCGGUAGAGGAUGCGAUUAGGAACGCAGUCCGGUUGGUCCGCGAAGCUGGGGUGGAGGCUGUGAAGCUCGAGGGAGGGCAGGAGAUUGUGGAGGUCGUCCGGAGGUUGACGGAAGUGGGUAUUCCGGUGAUGGCGCAUGUCGGUUUGCUUCCGCAGAGGCACGCGUCGUUGUCUGGGUAUCGAGUGCAGGGGAGGAGUAUUGAAGGUGCGAAGAGGCUUUUGGAGGACGCGUUGGCCUUGCAGGACGCUGGUGCGUUCUCUAUGGUGGUUGAAGCCGUUCCGAGAGAAUUGGGAACGUACAUCACGGAGCGCUUGAACGUGCCUACGAUUGGUAUUGGUGCUGGGCCGGGAACGAGUGGACAGGUUCUCGUCAUUGACGAUAUUAUGGGCACCUGGUCCGGCCACAAAGCCAAGUUCGUCCGUCGAUUCGCCAAUCUGAAGGCAGUCCGCGACAAUGGUAUCCAGCAAUACUGCGAAGCAGUGCGGAACGGCUCCUUCCCUGAUCCAGAGAGCGAGAGCUACACCAUGGAUCCUGCCCUCUGGGAACAGUUCCUCGCGUCUCAAAAGUAA